CUGCUGCAGAACACACCUCAUCUCCUCUUUGGCUGGAGGGAGAAAGAGAGAGAGAGGGAGGGAUUCAGUCUGUGCCAAUUUUCUCCCCAGCUCCACAGAGAGGCAGAGCGAGGGAAGUGAUAUUUGAGGAAUCUUAAGAGAUCCACAAACGUGUGACUGAGAGGGAGAAGAGGGAGAAAAGGCAUCCCUGCACACAGGGCAUUCGCAAAGAAACUGACUGACAGCAAAUGAAUAAAGCAGCAGGAGACAGCGAGAAAUGUAGUCGGCGCUUCUGUUGAGUGAGCUGCCACGCUGUGAGUGUUCCACCUGGCGCCAGGAUGCGAGAUCGAUGGUGUGACGACAAAGGCCAUUAUUGAGCUACAGCCAUUGUGCAUUCCCUGAUCCCUGCAGCCAAAGUUACACAUGACAAGACUCUCUGUUUAGUAAAGCCAAUCUUAACCACAAAGGGAAGAUACUUUCUGUUUGAAGCCUGUGUAUAAUGCUGUUAAUAAUAUAAACCCUCUUUAAUUGCGUUAUGAUUGACGACACUGUACCACGUAUCCUACCUUUUGCAGCCCACACACAUUGAAACUCUAGAUCACACAACUUCACACAUCCCUGGUCCAAAUGAUUCAUCUCUGUUCCUCUUAACAAACUCUUCUUCGCCUUGUCUGAAUCAGCCCCUGUGACCUGUGAGGACUAUGAGGCCGACUUUAUUGUUUCUACCGUCACAGUGUCUCCUGUGUGUGUUUGUCGGCGUGUGUGUGCCCAGUGUUGUGGGCUCACUACCUCACGCACUACCAUGGCAUGUCUCCUGCCCAGUGCGCUGUGUGUGCCAGAUCAAACCGUGGUUCUCCCCCGAUUCGGUCUACCAUGAAGCGCCUACUGUGGACUGCAAUGACCUGCUGUUGUCCAAGUUCCCCUCACCCUUACCCCUGAACACACACACCCUGCGCCUGCAGAGCAACCUUCUGUUUGAGCUCGACACUGACGUGCUGCGCGGACUCCCCAACCUCACCGACCUUGACCUAUCCCAGAAUCGCUUCAGCCGUGUCAGGACGAUAACACAGAGCUCCUCCCUGCCCUCUCUCCUCUCUCUACACCUGGAGGAAAACCAUCUCAGUCACCUCCCUGAGUCCUCUUUCUCCUCCCUUCCAGCUUUGCAGGAGCUCUUUCUCAGCCACAACAACUUACACUCAAUAGCCCAUGGAGCCUUCACCGGUCUGGACUCUCUACUGCGCCUUCACAUCAACAACAACAGACUAACCACCAUUGACCCUCGGUGGUUCAGGGCUUUGCCCCGUUUGGAAGUUCUCAUGCUAGGGGGAAACCCCGUAGAGGCCCUUCCUGACAAAGGCUUCCUGGCCCUAAAAUCCCUCCGGAGUCUUGUGCUUGGUGGUAUGGGUCUGAGAGGCCUGGCUGAAAAAGCAUUGGAAGGGUUGGAUGGCCUGGAGAGCCUCUCCUUCUAUGAUAACCUGUUGACCAAGGUCCCCACACAGGCCCUGAGGAGGGUGCCCGGACUGAAGUUCCUCGACCUCAACAAGAACCGCAUCAAACUGAUCGAGACGGGAGAUUUCCGAGAAAUGAUCCACCUGAAGGAGCUUGGUCUGAAUAACAUGGAUGAGCUUGUUUCUAUUGAGAAAGCUGCACUGGAGAAUCUUCCAGAGCUCACCAAGCUGGAGAUCACCAACAAUCCGCGUCUGUCCUACAUUCAUCCACAGGCUUUCCUCCAGCUGAACAGGCUGGAGAGUCUUAUGCUCAACUCUAACUCUCUCAGCGCUCUGCACCGGCACGUCAUGGUCUCUCUGCCCAGUCUCCAGGAGGUCAGCUUACACUCCAACCCACUACGAUGUGACUGCCUGUUUCACUGGGCCACCGAGGAGGCCUCUCACCCUCACACUGAGAGAAACACACAAUCAGAUACAGAAACAGCUCGGAUGGUUCGUUUUAUCCAACCACAGGCCACGUUGUGCUCUGAACCACCAGAGCUCAGAGCCCGCGGGGUGAGAGAGGUUUCUUCCAGGGAAAUGUCAGCCUCCUGCCUCCCCAUUAUCCCCACUAGCUCCCUCCCAUCUUAUGUAGGAGUCAGAGAAGGAGGCAAACUGGUCCUGCACUGCAGAGGUCUUGCAGAACCACAGCCUGUAAUGUACUGGGUGACUCCCUCUGGGCUGAGACUUGGUCCUGCACCCAGCCCAGCAACCAAAGGUUUACCAGCUCCGGCCUCCUGCCAGGCUCAAGAUGACACUGCCUGCAGCCCCUCCAAACACUUCCGGCUACUGCCUGAGGGAACUCUGGAGAUCAACAAGGUCACUGCCAGCGAGGCGGGAUUAUAUACCUGUGUUGCUGAGAAUGUACUUGGGGCAGACACACGCAGUGUUACUGUCGGUGUGCAUAGCAGAAAAAAGAAAGGAAAAGGGGGCAUGUCCGCUAACCUGAAGGGAUUUCCAUUAUUCAGCGUCGAUGCCAGGUUGGAGGUGAGGGAGGUCGGACAAUACUAUGCUAUCCUGUCCUGGCAGAGUGGGCACAACCUCCCUUCAACUCGCCUAUCCUGGCAAGCCAUUUACUCAAAUGCCCACACACCUAUAUACACUACACGCAUCCUGGCUGGCACACAAAGCUUCAACCUGACCCACCUGCAGGCAGAGACAUUUUAUCGUGUGUGUCUACAUUUAGGGAUCAACGAGGAUGCCAAGCAUGCCAACAGGAGAUCGAGAGAGAGCAGUCAGCCUCAGUGUGUUUCUUUCAAGACAAAGGAUGUCCCAGAUCCUGAGCCCAGCCUGCCGCUAAGCCCAGAGCUGACCUCCACAGCAGUUACACUUCUGCUACUUGCGCUCAUACUGCUGCUGCUGGCAGGUCAGAGCUGGGACACUCAGUCGAACAAGGGGGCAGGACAACUCCCUCUCCAGGACAUCAAGAGUCCCAAGGCUCUGAUCACCAUACAAAACACACAAGAGCGCAUCGGACAUGAGUCAAAGCAGAAUGAGAAACAGCUUUUACAUGAGGACUGCUGAGAUAAUGUUGAUUAAAAUAUGGAGUAAAUUUGUGGAGGUCAAAAACAAUGACACAAACAUAUAGACAUAUGAGAUGACAUAUAUACGCUUUGUAAAUCACAGCUGGACGAGAGGAGUCAUGGAUCAGAGAAAUGGUACAGAAGGAGAUUUGUAUUUUUUUUAUAUACAGUAUAAAGUAUAUAUUGACGUUCUGUGUUAAGACGUAUUGUAAAGAACGCUUAGACCCUACCCAGGGAAAUAAAAAUGGACAAUCAUACUCCUGCUGCACAGACGGUGAACACAGGAGAAACAAAUGAGUCUGAGCUUCUGAUGAUCACUGGACUGAGAUGGAAGAAAACCGGAUUCAAUCCAAGGACAGAUACUUACAGUGCAGCUCAGACCUCAAGGGUAUUUUUAAUAUUUCCUGUGUACAUGUGCCACAGACUGAACCAUACUUUCUCAAAGCAGAUCAACCUCUGCCUCUAGACUGAUACUGAAUGACAUCUCUGCUUGUUUGAGCUUUGUAAGUCAAAGUGACUGAUGUCAACAACCCUUCUGCUUUGCUCUCAGUUCAUCGGACCUACUUGUCCAUCUUGCAGUAUAAAUGUGUACAGUACAUAUCCGCCACCUAACAUCCAAUAUCCUCUUUCAGCCUAAAGGUGACCCAGAAGCAAUUGUGUUAAAUUCUAUUUUGAGCUAAUAAACAAAAUAAAAUGUUUCUGAUUUAUACACA